AUGCUGCCGGGGUCCAACCGUGUGACCGUGGGGGUGCGGGUGCGGCCGAGGCUGGAUGGCGCAGUGAAUCCCCUGCAGACGGCGGAACGCUACGAGCCGAUGGCCUGCUCACGGUGCUCCGACACGACGCUGCGCAUCUGGGAUGGACGGCGAACGCGAGACAGCCGGACCUUCUCCUUUGCGUACGACGCGGUGUUUGACGAGCACACGCCCCAGGAGGAGGUCUACGAAGAGCUUGCCAUGGGGGCGGUGGAGGACGUGCUCGGCGGCACCAGCGCGACCAUCCUCACCUACGGCCAAACAGGCAGUGGAAAGACGCACACGGUGCUCGGUGGGGUGCGAAAAAAUGCCUUGGGUGGCAGCAUCAUCACAAGCGACACGGGCAUUCUUUUGCGUGCUUUGCAGGACAUUUUGCACUACGCGGCGAACCUGAAAAACAAGUUUCACGUCGUUGUUGGCCUCUCCGCGGUGGAGAUUUACCUUGACGAGGUGCGGGACCUGCUGGCGGAGGAGCAGCAGCCCAGCGUCCUUCAUCUGGCCCUUGUGAGGGACGUGGUUCGCGUCGCAAAGCUGCGGUAUGUUCCCAUUCGCUGCCUCGAGGAUGGGCUGAGGGUGUUUCAGCGGGCGACGGCGCAGCGGACGCAGCGGAUGACGACCGCCAAUGACAUGUCCUCCCGUUCGCACGCGGUGUUUAACGUUGAGGUCUUUCAGCAGCCCGUAACCGCCACCAGCGCCCGCCCACUUGACCUGCUAGCGUACAUCGCUAUGCGGGAGGCGGCGCAGCUCGCGCAAGUAGAGGGAAAGGCACCGUCGAUGCCCUCCCACCCGCUCUUUCCCGCGGCCUCCCAGCCGCUGCUUGGCGAGGCCGGCGCCCCGGUGAUGCACAGCAGGCUUGCCCUCGUUGACUUGGCGGGGAGUGAGAAGGUGCGCAACACCAACGUCAAGGGGGAGGGGUUGGACGAGCUGAAAAAGAUCAAUGCCUCUCUCAGUGCGCUGGGAAACGUUGUGCGCAGCCUGCAUGUGGGCUCACGACACAUUCCGUACCGCGACUCGAAGCUGACAACUGUACUUCGCGACUCCUUUGCGGCCGCCAGCGCACGCGUUGUGCUCAUCGUCAACGUCAGUCCCACCACCCUGACGGUGGACGAGACGCUCUCCUCCAUGUACUUUGCCGACAAGGUAAAGAUGAUGAAGCCGGAACCGCGCAGCGGUGCAUGGAAUGAGAACGACGCAGUCUGCGAAUAUUUUGCCUCACUGCGGAAGUAUGAGGCGUUGCUUGCCGACGUGCACAUCGCGGGGACCAUGCACGCGUUUACCGCCCCGCAAAUUGUCCUGCUUGUUGCCCGCGACCGCAGCAAUGUGCUGUAUGACCCGGUCUUCCGUGUGCGGAAGCCUGAGUGCGAGAUCCGCAAAAUGGCGGUGGCGAUGAUGUGCGAGGCUUUCAAGGCAGCCGCUGUGGAACGUAGUAGCGAAGAUGUGGGGCAGCAACGGCUGGACGUAGAACGGCGGACCCUCCGGAAUGAGCUUGUCACGGCGUGGAAGGCGCGGUGGAGAAGCGCGUCCACCAGCCUCAAGGAACUCUCAGCGCGGACGGCGCAGGACAGCGCUGAGGCGGCGCUGCUUGAAGAAAUCAACGCGGCGGCGGCGCAACUUCAGGACGCCCGCGUCCUCCGCAGUGAACUGCAGCAGCGGUAUCAAUCUGCCGGCGCCCGUGCGGCGGAGGCGGGGCAUACACUGUCUGUUAUAGAGAAGAAGUUAAGGGACGAGGAAGACGCCGUGAGAAACUCCGUUGCCGCCGCUUCAGCGGGGGUUGGGCCGGGCGCGGCACCCACAUCCAAGCAGGAAGAAACGUCCUGGACGCAGCUCUCAGAUUUGGCGGCUCAGGCGCUGCACUCUGCUGGUAUGCGUUACGAUUGGUGUGUUUUGAUCUGCGCAACCCGGCGACUCGCGUGGGAGUUGGCCCAAAAGCGAGAGCAGCUGCAACAACGUCGGCGAAGUGCAUCGCGGCAGCAGAGCGCUGGUGAUGAGUUGCUCCAGAUGGUGCGAAGUAAGUCGGAGAUAUCCACUGCGACCUCGCUUAGAUGUGAGGAGGAGCUCCGGCACAACGACCCCGUGGUGCUUGGCGGUCACCCUGUUUUCAACGACUACGCGGUGCCGCGGCCGCGUCAGUACUGGCAGCCCCCACCUUCAGAGAGCAGCGAGGCAGGUAAGCGGCGGCGCGGCACCCGGUAUGACACGGCGGAGCUGUUGGAAGACGUUGCCUCCUUCGUGAAGAUGGGCGGGGAGGUGACUCGCUACUCGAGCGACGGCUCGUCGCACCGCCGGCUGCUCUACGUAGAUGGAAAAGCUGGCGCGGAGCAGCUCUCCUGGUCGGCUGUGGGGAGUCUGGCACCUGAGGGCCGUGUCCCCUUGUGCACCGUCACGCAAAUACUUCUAGGGCGAAGUUCCACGACCACCGAGGCGGCUUCGUACUACUUGAGCUGGGGGGUGGUGUCCCGGCAGAAGAAGUCGACGAAGCUCGUGGAAUUUUCCUGCAACACGGAGUCUGAAUUCGAGGCGUGGGUGAUGGGGCUCAGUCAGCUCACCGGGGUGAGGGCCGCCUUUGGCGAGCCGAUGAAGCUGCCGCCAGAGACGGCGGUGGAGGAGGGGAAUACCAUCAGCGACGCGGAGGCGGCGUUUUGUGCGCAGUGGCACCUCCCGCCGGCGGUGUUCACGGAGGCGCGGGGGCAACUGAUGCGCCGUCGCAAACCGUCGAGAAACUCGGGACUGCGACUGACCCCGGGAGAAUUACGGUACCUUGUAAAGCUGGACAUCUUCCGUGCCUCCGCCAUGUGGCUGCACUUCUUUGCCGAGGGCCUUGUUUUGAAACCAGGAGAAAAGCUCUACUGCUACGUGGAACUGCCGGGGGGACCACAAACGAUGUCGUCAAGGCUGAAUUCAGUCACGAACGCGGCGUCGUGGGCUGACUCCUCUCUUAAGAGCGUGCCUGUGUCUUUCUAUAGGAAGGAGGAUGAAUAG